AUGACGGAGGGAUUCUUGAAUCUCCCAGAGCAUACCGGGCGAAAAUCGGGAAUGCAGGAUUUCACGAACAAGCUGAAAGUCAUCAAAAAGUCACUGAUAAAGACAAAGACGACUGAUUUCACCAAAGAAAAUGAAACCACAGAAGAACUUGAUAUGGAAAACUGGUCAAUGAAAUCACUGGACGAAACGCAGAAACUCUGCUGCUCGGAUAGAUACGACGAAAAACUUGCGAAAUAUGUGAAAAAUUUGACAGAGUCGAAUGCUUUUGCCGCGAUUAUCAACAUAGUAAUCGCUGUCAAUAUUUUAUUCAUGUUCUUGCAAGUGACAUGGAAGAAGGACGUGAUAAACAUGACGUUCAAAGUUAAGCCAGAAAAAGCGACUCUCGGCACAACUGAGUCGAUCCUAAUUGAUUGGUUCGACUCCGACAUCUUCGACUUUAUUAAAUGGCUGGAAGAAAUCGACACGAUAGUUUUCCUGACAGCUUAUCUCGUCGAAUUCCUGCUGAAAUUCUACGCCGAGCUUUUCAGAUAUUUCAUUUCUCCUUCAAACUUCGUCGAUUUCUUCAUUUUGCUCGUUUCCUUCAUUCAAAUUGCCUACUCGCCAGAAGAUGAAUCCACGAUGGGAAGCGAUUUGGGACAGUUUAGAUUUCUGAAGAUUCUCCGUGCUCUGCGAGCUUUAAGGACCCUGAAGACGCUGUGGAUGUUUGGCGGUGCUCAAGUCAUCAUUGUUUCGAUUUUCAAGUCGAUGGGACGAACCUUUAAAAACAUCGGCGUCAUUCUGUUACUUGCAAUUUGGAUCUUCGCCAUUUUGAUGUACAGUACGAUUUUCAUCAGUACAUCUCACAAAGAACCCCUCUAUGAUGAGUGGGGAUGCUUUACUGCCUGCUUCGCCAAUCUGUUCAUCAUGACUACUGCUGAUGGUUGGUACGGCCUUGCUGAUCGGGCUGAAAAAUCGUCCUCCUCAGUUGCCAAAAGCCCUGGCACUCAAACAGUCAUCGUCCGUUUCGUUGUUGGCAUGGCUUUGAUGUUGUCGCAUUUCAUCAUUUUCAACUUGUUCAUUGCCAUCAACAUCGCCCAGGUCGAUGAAGCGAAUAAGGAAUACAUGGAAUCAGUGAAUUUGGAGAGGGAAGAACAGCUGGAGACCAAGAAGACUAAAAUCAUGCAACGGCAAUAUGAUGACGUCAAAAAACUCCGCGAUCAGCAAGACGCAAAAGGGUGCUCCUUCGACGAGUUGAUCGAAAACUUCAAGCAAGGUCUGAAACACGACGACUACACAGUGACGGACGGAAUCGUCACCGACAUCGAAUGGAUUGAAAAUCACCGCCAGAUUCUCGAUCAACUCGAUACUUCAACUUACAAGCUUCAGCAGCUGAUUUUCGAGUAUUCGAAUAUUCUCAUCGUCGCGCAAAACGAAUCACUCAAAGAAAAGGCCCUCAAUGUUUUUAAAAAGAGGAUGAAAGCGGCAUAA